AUUUGAAUAUCUUCGUUCACGUCCGUCCAACGACAUUCAUCUUUAUAGAUCACAGGUCAAAAUGCCGGAAAUACCGAACUCGGACAGUACUCUCGAUGGUUUCGUCCAAGCCUUUGUGAUGAUCGUCGUUUCCGAGAUUGGAGACAAGACUUUCCUUAUCGCCGCCAUUAUGGCGACGAGGCAUCCCCGAAUGACCGUGUUCGCCGGAGCUUUCGCGAGCUUGGUGGUGAUGAGCAUGUUAAGUGCCGCUUUGGGACGUGUAAUCUUAGGCUUAAUACCUAAACUUUGGACUCUCUGGGCUGCAUCCGUCCUCUUUUUUGUAUUCGGUGCCAAAAUGCUUCAAGAAGCUUUCAGCAUGGCAUCUGGCUCAUCCCACAUCCAAGAUGAAAUGCGUGAGGUCGAAGAAGAACUGGAAGAAGACUCUGCCGUCCACGAUUCUCACAAUGCGCGAGGGACCACUAUCCUGUUGGAAUCCGUCGAAGCCGGUACUGGUACUCGAAGCCCUCGUGUAUCGACUUCAAGGCUUGAUCGAAGUGCUUCCCCUCGCCCUAGCAGAUCAGGACCCUCAAUCCACUUCCCGUUAUCAGGAGGUAACAAUGUCGGACCUUUGGAGAAGGGCAGGCAUUGGACUAUGGUGUUGAAGGAAAAGAUUAGGACGACUUUGCAGAUGACCACCAACCCUGUAUUUGCGCAGGCAUUUGUACUUACCUUCCUGGGUGAGUGGGGAGACCGAAGUCAGAUUACCACUAUCGCGAUGGCUGGUGCUCAUAGUGUGGCCGUCAUUGCUUUUGGGACAAUCGUGGGUCACGGUGUAUGUACUUGCGGUGCUGUCUUGGGUGGACGAUAUCUCUCCACAAAAAUCUCCGUUAAACACAUCUCACUCCUUGGUGCCGCGGCUUUCAUCAUCUUUGCGUUCCUCUACGCCAUCGAAGCUUACUACUACAAUGGUGAUCUCGAAGUCAAUUGGUAACAGGAUUUAACAGACGAAAUGUAUGGGCCGACGUUAGCUUUGGGAUUCGUUUUGCUAAUUAGAUCGGUGGCUGCAUCAUGGGGCAGCUAUGGUAUUUAAUGGGGCGUAAGUGGAGGAUUAUAGCUUUGAGCUUAGCAUAGAUACAUCGAUUCUUGUGUAAAUUAGAGCAUGACGACUUGUUCAAUACAUGCAUGUCAUAGAUAUUA